AUGGUUUUGCGCAAGAUCUCAGCAGCCGAGAUCAGCGGCCAUUGCCAUGAAGACGACGCCUGGAUGGUCAUCAAUGGCGUCGUAUGGGAUGUCACUGGCUUCGCUGCGAAGCAUCCUGGAGGACCAAAAAUCAUCGCAGACCACGUUGGAAAGGACGGAAGCAGCAUGUACAAUGAUAUACAUGGCCCUGGACUCAUUGCCUCUCACCUUGGGUCUGACAGACAGAUCGGCGUGGUGGACAACCAAUACAAGAACAGCCUGGUAAAUGAAACCAAAAGGGAACCUAGCAUUCCCAAACCAGACUUGAAAUCGAUUGUGGAUCUUUCGCAAUUCGAAAAAGUGGCGGAGAAAGCGCUGAAGCAAAGAGCCUGGAAGUAUAUUUCUGGUGCAACGGAGGAUGGAGUGACGCACGAAGCAAACUGCGAGUUCUACCGGCGAAUUUUCUUCCGACCUCAGAUGCUCAAUGGUGCAGGCAAGAUCGAUACGAGCACUGUUUUCAUGGGGAAGAAAUGUGCACUGCCUUUCUUCAUCGCACCCACGUCAUCUGUCAAGCUCUCUCAUCCGGACGGUGAACUCGCGCUGGCAAAGGCCUCCGUGGCUCAUGGAGUGCCACCCUGCCUGCCUACUAUGUCCUCGUAUGCCCUGCCGGAGAUUGUGGACGUCAUGCCUCCUUCAUAUCCCUUCUUCUUCCAGCUGUAUAUGAAUCUAGAUCGCUCCCAAGCAGCACGGACGUUACGGCAGGCACGGGACUUGGGGGCUCAAGCGAUCCUCGUAACGGUUGACUUGCCUGUGAUGAGCAAAAGACAAAAUAUCGACAGGCGGCAGUCGCCACUCCAACGAGAGACACAGGAGGCUCUUGAGAAGAAAGAGGAACAACGCCCAGCUGCUCAGGAAUGGUCAUAUACCCCGAACAACGUCGCCAUUGACCCAGACCUUCAAUGGAAAGAUAUCGAGUGGAUCCGGAAAGUGACCGGAUUACCUGUCAUUCUGAAGGGCAUCCAGAGUGCAGCAGAUGCAAAGCGUGCAUUCGAACAUGGCUGUAGCGGUGUCUACAUUUCCAACCAUGGCGGCCGAGCUCUGGACACAGCACCUCCAGCGAUACUUGUUCUCCUCGAGAUUCACGCGACUUGUCCCGAGAUCCUGGGCAAAUUGGAUAUCAUGAUCGACGGAGUCUUGAAACAUGAGCUCGAAACUGCUAUGGCAUUACUAGGAAUAUCCAGUCUUGACCAAGCACAUCCAGGGCUCGUCAACACGAGUCUCCUAGAUUUCAUGGUCUACCGUACUGACAAGCAUCCAUGGGCCGCAUAUCCGGUACCACGGAUAGGUGGAAGUAAGCUGUAAGCUAUGAGCUAUAUAAGGGAUCCAAAAAUAGAAUAAAGACGCUUGUGCCGGGGAAUUUGGGAACAAGCUGCAGAUAGAGUUUUGACUUUGACAAUAAGAACGUGGUGGUUGAGAGGUUUUCGAUCAAAGAAAAAGAACUUAAGUGACUAGAGUAGUUGUCAGGAGGACAAAGAUUAUUAUAGGAAGUAAGGAAGAUAAGAAAAGCGAAUCUGGCAUGUUACAAUUGUAUUCUAAAAUCUAUCCUGCGCAUAAGUUGUUGUUUUUCGAACAUAAAUUCUGGUUCAUUUGAUCUAUAG